GGAAUUUUUAGGGCUAGAAAGCGAGCGAGGUCUGGCGCUGCGCAGUCGUGCCAUCGGGAAAAGACAAUAUCAUCCGUGCGCAGAAGAGACACAUCAGAGCCCCUCGGGCACAACAGCUAGAGUGGUCGCCUGAUAUAGUCAGUGAUACACUAGAAGAAGGGAAUAAGGAAAUAGGAUCGCAUAAGAAGAAUAAGGAUCAGCUGAUUUCCUCAUGUUUGGACAUGAUUGCUUAACAAUCGCUAAUGCGUAACGCUCAACGCUCCCUCAUGUGAGGGUGUAGAAUGGAAACAACCCUCUACCCAGGCACCGUGGUGAACACUCCGAGGGUCUCCAGCAUCUAUUCCCAGAGCACGAUGAUGAAGAAGGACAUUAAUCUGAACCUGGACGACCACACCUCCGAGCUCAAAUCCAACCCGCUCCGGGACACAGACGGACUCCUCAACUCCCCAGACCUGGGACUCUUGAAACUAACCUCCCCGGACCUGGAGCGCCUUAUUAUCCAGUCCAACGGGCUGGUCACCACCGCCAACCCGGCCUCCCACUUCCUCUACCCGAAGUCAGCCAGCGACGAGCAGGAGUUCGCGGAAGGUUUCGUCAAGGCGCUGGAGGAUCUCCACAAGCAGAACCAGCUGAGCGAGGCGGGCUGCGUCUCCGUGGACAGACUGGAGCUCCUCGGAUCAGCCAACGCAGUCAGCUCCGUCGGGCUUCAGACAUCAGACCUUCCUGUCUACACUACUUUGAACGGCUAUGCGGCCAGUCCGCUCGGAACCACCUCCAUCAACUACUCCACGGACACCAUCCCCUUCCCGCCGCCUCCGUCUCAUCUGGCCAGCGCGCAGCAACAGGCGGCCGCUGCGGCGGCUGCUCUGUCACGACUCCAUUCUGCCGGGUCGGUGAAGGACGAGCCUCAGACUGUACCGGACAUGCAGAGUUUCGGAGACAGCCCCCCUCUGUCUCCCAUUGACAUGGACAACCAGGAGCGCAUCAAGGCGGAGAGGAAAAAGCUGCGGAACAGGAUAGCCGCCUCCAAAUGCCGCAAGAGAAAACUGGAGAGGAUCUCUCGACUGGAGGACAAGGUCAAGAGCCUGAAAACGCAAAAUACCGAGCUGGCCUCCACAGCCAGCGUCCUCAGGGAGCAAGUGGCCCAGCUGAAGCAGAAGGUGAUGAACCAUGUCAGCAGCGGAUGCCAGCUUUUACCAAACCAGGUCCAGGCGUACUAAAUCCCAGUGAUGGUGCUAUUCCUUAUUUCAUGGAAGAUUAUACAGCUCUAAAUAUGCUCUGUGGAUACAGGCCUGUAUUAUGAGGAACAUUUGCCGUUUGUAACACAAAAUCCUUAUCAGAGACUUGAUGUGAGGCCAUUGUAAAUGCACCCUCCAGAAAAGCCUGUAACUGAGAAACAAAACAGACACUUGCACUGCCCAGUGCAAUGAGCAGGCCUUGAUGAGAGCUGCAGGUCUACUGGAAUAAUGGCAGGUUAACCAGCAGCAGGUGUGGGCUGCAGCCUCUUCACAUUCAUGAAAAACUGGCAGUGUUGUGCAGGAAACAGACUUAUUUUGUUGCCCUCAUUUUUUUUGGGAAGCCAUGUACCAAACUGCUGUCCAGUGGACUGGUGCAGGAUAGUUUAUAUGUGUGUGUGUAAGCUGGACAAUCUCAACAGGAGUGUAACCAAACACCAGGGUGUCACCAAGUGCUGUCACCCACUGUGUAAUAUAAUGCCUUACUUGUUUACAAGCACUUAGCAAUGACAAAUAUAUAUUUUAUUUACUGAAACAUUUCUUAUUUUACAUAUGGUCUUACUUUGUCUUUUUGCAAAAAUGAACACUGCAUGUCUUGUCACUUUUGUGUACAGUAACUAUUGUAUUUUUUAUUAUGUUGGCUGCCAUUGCCAAAGUUCCCUGAAUGUAUGUGUACGUGCUGAGAAACCCUAUCUAUUCAUGUUUAAUGUACUUUCAAGUCUCUACCUGACAUUUAUUAAAUUCACUACAUUACUAAA